AUGAUGUGUUUAUUACUCUCUUUUGCUUUUGCGUUUUUCUCAACCAGAGUAGGGAUGUUCGAUCACGUCAUUUGUCGAAUCUCUUAACAUCCAAGCGGGAUAGCCCCGAUUCACAAAACCCUACCCCAGUGUCACCCCAAGUGCGGGGGGGCUCACUUUUGUUGCAAGAGGGUCUCUUAGCGUGACAUUUCAAAUGUCAUAAGCUGUUUCAGUAAUGAAAAUCUCGAUCUGUGCGCAUCAAACUUGACCUUUUUUUAAGGGCUUGUAGCUGAAGCGGUUAAAGAUAAGCAUCAUUACUUAAUACUUUAGGUCCCAUGCUAGGCCAGAGAAUUUAUGAAGGAAGAAAAACAUGAAAAUCAAAGUGAGCAGAGAGGAGGAAGACAAACAGAAAGAUUUAGGGCUUGUUUGCAAGUGUUUUUAAAAUGACUGAAAGUGCCUUUAGAGAAAUAUUUGUGGGUUUCAAAAGAACUUAAAGUGCUUCAAAAAACAUUUUAAACCAAAAACGUUUUCAGCCAUUUCAAAAGCACUUCUAAACGAGCUCUUAAACCGUGAAUCUUCCCAAGAUUUUAUGUCUGAAUUCUUAUAAUUUGGUUCAUUACUAACCACUCCACGAUAAAGACUGAUUAACCCUAUCUCCUUUAUAUUUAUAUUAUAACUCUUCUUAUUUCUCAGUGUUUUAGGUACUAAUCCCACUUUAUAUUGUCAUCAAUUCCUUUGUCCAAUCACAAAUUAGUAUACUCUAUCCCUCUUCUCGCCAACAAAUUUCAUCUUUCCAGGGCUUCUUCUAAGAAUCUGAUUCGUUUUCGACUUCGAUUCAGACUCUCGUUGAGCUGAAUUCAUACAACAAGUACUGGUUGCUUGGGUGAGAAGUAAGUUAAUAAAGUUAUGCUCCAAUGAGUGACAAAAUUGGAGGUGUUGCAGCGCAGAUUGUGGCAAUGGCGAUCUUCAUGUCAGUAAUAUUGUUUUUUUUCGGAAUCGGCUUCUUGAUCUUAGUCCAUGUGUGGAUCGUUGGGAGGGCUUUCAGAAGAGGAGGACUUGGCGGCAAUGCCUUAACGGCAGCUGCCAUGGCCGCCGGCAGAACUGCCACCAGUGGCACCGCCACAACGUGCAUGUCGAAAGACGACGUAGAGAAACUUCCAAGCUAUGAUUACGAAGCUAAUUACAAAAGUAGCCCUGUGGAUUGUGUAGUGUGCUUGGACAACUUCAAGAUGGGCGAGAAGUGCAGGCUGUUGCCUUUGUGCAGGCACAGCUUCCAUGCCCAUUGCGUUGAUGCGUGGCUUUUGAGGACACCGAUUUGUCCGAUAUGCCGGGCCGGAGCUGGCACUCCUGCUGGUUUGGCCGGGAAGGGAGUGCCGGUUGCCGAUGCCGGCGUUGAAUUAACGGAAUUAACGGAGAGUCAAACAAGUGGAAGCGGGCUUUUGAGUGAUGCUAGAGUUGACUUGGGGGAGAGGCAGGCAAUAGAAAGUGGGCACCCGUCACCCGAGUGAUGGUAUAGUAAAGCAAUGAGUUUUGAGAAAUAAGCAAAAGGAAACGGAAAGUGUAAUUCACACACUUAUUUAUACUUCCCACACA